CCCCACUUGCACCCCAAAACGUGGCCCCUUCCGGGGUUGAUGAUGGGGGACACCGUGGCUCCUUUGCUUAUGGGAUAAGCCAGGAAACACCCCCAGCCCCAGCUGGAUUUCAUCUGGGAGGGGGCUGGGGGCUGCUUGCCUUUCCCUGGCCUCCCACACCCCCUCCCCAUCCCGGCCCUAAUGAGAACAAGCUGGUCCCGGGCUGCGACGCAGGAGGAGGAGGAGAAGGAGGAGGAGAGGAGGGAGAAGGAGGGAGAAGGAGGGAGAAGGAGGGAGAAGGAGGAGGCUCCAUCCCAGCAGGCUGCAGAAAGGGGCUCGAGGUGUGUGGGACAGAUCCCGUCUUCCCGGCUGCCUCCCGCCGGCUGCGGGCAAGGUCUCCUGCAGGGAUGCUGGGAAUGGGCUCAGCCAUGGGCCCGUGGCUGCUGCUCUCGGUGCUGCUGGCGGCACAGGCGGCAGCGCCCCGGCACCGCCCGGUGCUGCCGGACACCGCGGGCAGCGGGGACGGGGACGAGGCGUCAGCCACGCUGCCCGCCCAGCCCGUGACCCCCCGCGUCAGCCCCACGGUGGGGGACGCGCCGGGGACCACCGUGACCAACAGCUCGGCGCCGGGCGUGCUGGACGGGCUGGUGGACUUCUUCAAGGAGUACUUGCUGCUGGUGGUGGUGGUGGGCUCGCUGUCCUUCGUCCUCCUCUUCAUCAUCUGCGCCGCCGUCAUCGUGCGGCAGAAGCACAAGGCCUCUGCCUAUUAUCCCUCCUCCUUUCCCAAGAAGAAAUACGUGGAUGAGCGGGACAAGUCGGGGGGAGCGCGGGCGUUCAGCGAGGUGCCCGAGAAAGGCCCCGAGGCCGGCGUGGAGGAACCGCUGGAUGCUGGCUGGCAGCUCCAGGCGGACAUCCUGGCUGCUGCCCAGAACCUCAAAUCCCCCCACAAGGCGCCGCUGGCCAACGGGGCCCAGGGCGAGCAGAAUUCCCCUCAGGAGGAGGAGAAGGAGGAAGAAGAGGAAGGAAAGAAGAAGUUGGGGGAUGAGCAAGCCAAGCCUCCUGCCCAAAAUCCAGGCGUGGAGGAAGCGGCGAGCGCAGGAAGCAAGGAGAUGCCUGAUGCAUCCCAGGAUGGCUGCCAGGCUCCCUCUGGAAUCUGAGGCAGGGACACAGUCCCGGCCAAGCCUGAGGAGCUGCUGGCUCGGGACUCAUGAUGGACACGGUGGGUCAGGCUCCGUACGUACGUGGUGGCUCAAGGAAGCCCCGAUGAAGAUCCCAUUCCCUCCCAGCUCCCCCCACCCUGGUGCUGAUGGGAUGCUCGUGGGGGAAUUUGCCAGCUGGUGGUUUUCCCCAGCACUGGAAUGCCAUCAGCCCCAGCUCCUGCUGCCCAAGGGGCUUCUCCCACCCCAGGCACUGGGGGUGUGUGCAUCCCCCCAGCUGCAGCUCUGCCCCCACUGUGCCACCAGCUUCCUCCCAAAUGUUAUUUCAAUCAGCAGCAGCAGCCUGGUCCAUGCUGGAUUCCUGGCUGGGAGCUGUGUCCCUCUGGGAGAAGGGAUGGGACCAGGGCUGGAGGUCUGUAGGACAUGGGUCAGCUUUGCCCAUGGCCACCCAAGGGAAAGAGGGAUGAGGAUUUAGGGACAGGACCCUUCUUUCCUUCUUCCACCCCAGAGCCCAGCUGGAUUUUUGCCUCCCUUCCUGAACCCUUCAGCUAGAAAUAAACAUUUUCUCCGCACA